UCCUCUGAGACAAGAGAGCUCACUGCUCCAAAGAAUCAAAGCUAAAUAACAAAGGAGAAAACUCUUGUCUCAUCAUGAACGGCAAACUUGUGGCUGUCCUGGCUCUUCUCCUGAUCUCAGCAGCUACGUCUCAAGGUAGGGCCCUGGCAAGGAUGGGAAAUGAGCUCCGGUGCCAGUGCAUAACCACUCAUUCGAAGUUCAUCCACCCUAAAUCCAUCCAAGAUGUAAAGCUGACGCAAAGUGGACCUCACUGCAAGAACGUGGAAGUCAUUGCUACUCUGAAGGACGGCAGAGAAGUGUGUUUGGAGCCCACUGCUCCCUGGGUUCAGCUGAUUGUAAAGGCAAUUUUGGCCAAGGCUCAAUCCAAUACUGAUACACCACUCUAAGAAAAGUCAAGACAGAAGAAUCUCAGAGCUGCUCCCACUCUUCCAUAGAGAGAAACAUCUUGGGGAAAGCAUCAGUCAGCUCUCAGGCAGUGUAUCACCUACCACCUCCUGCCUCACUGUUAUUAAGCAAACUGCGGAUCGUUAUAUUUACUUAUUUAUUUAUUUAUUUAUUUAACUGCAUCUAUUUAAGGAAGUCUCUCAGAAUGUUCAGUGUUGUGUGUGGGACAUGCUGUUUCAUGAAAAUGAAGACAUUAGAUAAGAAAAGUGGUUUGCUAAAGGAAAUGAAGAUCUUUUGGAAGCCACUUCAGCCAAACACAACUGAUUAAGGGCAAUGCACUUGCAGGACAGCUUAUUUACAUUAAGCCUAACUGCUUUGCUACUACAUCAGCAAAUUGAAAAUCCUCCUGCUCCCCCGGAGCGCACUCGUAUGUUGUGUCAACAACAGUUUCCUCAAUCACAAUCAGCCUGUGUUUAGGCUGUUGACUGUGACUUUAUGACUUUAGAUAUAGCCUACAGAAUCUGUAAGACAGUGUUUUUGGUACUUAUUUAUUGUGAUUUACCAUGACAUUUAUUUAAUAAUUUCUAUACAAGAAAGAAAAAAGCUGAUAACUUAUUUCAUUUCUACUGGAUUUUUUUUCCGUUCCUAAUUUCUUAAGUAUGUAAAAUUUCUUAAGUAUGUACAAUAUUUCACAGUCCCAUUGCUCUGUAUAAGUAGUUAGUUGUAUGUCUAGUUAGUUAUUCUGCUAAUGGAAAAAAUUGAAGCUCACAUACCCACCCAGAAUUUGCUUGUGAGAAUGUCGUUAUUCCUAUCAAUAUACUAAUAAAUUUUUUACAUAAAAUCUC